AAUAUAUGUGUUAUUGUUUACUUACGUAGGUAAGGUCAGGUAAAAAAAACAAUCUGUGUAGUUAGGUCGUCAUCUACAGCCAGACCUGUAUCAAGUUAGUAAUGGACUCUUUUUAUAUUACGGUCAUUGUAAUUAUUUUGGUAUUACCGACAUGUUUCCAAGCGUCAGUCGGGGCUACAACAAAGGCCGCUCCUACAGAGGAAACCACGUGUCCACGAUUCCAGACCCGGACUGAGAACGGCUCCCUUAUCGUUUUGUACCAAGCGUCAAACGAGAACUGUGAAAUGGUUGUAACAACAGCAACAACACAACUGCGUCCAUCCACAGAAGUCAAAGCCUUCAAGAAUAAGCACAAAACUAUCCGCCGUCCUUCAGUCAGCUUCAGAAAUACCAGUAGCCUGGAUGGAGAGUUUCCCUGCGACUCACUCACACAUAGCAGUUUAGGACCGUUUGUGUUCGUCAACACAGUGCCGAACCAGUGUCAGAUCCUUUUUAGGAUACACAAAACCAAGAACCACAAUCACGAGAAGAAGAAGCCAAAAGCACAGAAAACAAAAAGCAAUGGAGGAAGAAAAGGAAAGAAAAGGGGAGGAAAGAAAGAGAAGCUGAAGAGAAUUCCAAAGUUUCAUUUCAUUCCUGUGUUCGAAUACAUCGAUGAAAUUCUCUACUAAACUACGCCGCGUUUGCCCCGGUAUACGGUAAUCAAGUUGUUGGUUGUUGUGAUUAUUCAAUAAAAUAAAUUACUAACGUUGA